AUGUCAAUUCCUCUGCCUCCGUACAGCGCCAUUCGACCCAGUCGGGCCAGAGUUCUGUUGGCCGCCACGACGGUGGUGCCGGCGCGGUCAGUCAUCGUCGUCAGAGCCUCCGUGGUACCAGUCAACGGGAAGGUGAGUAACCCGUGUGCGCUGCAGGGAGUGAUCGAGCCCAGCCACACGGCGCAGAGGGAGGACCUCCUGAUUCCGAGGGAGGUGGUGACUGUGGAUGGUAAUGGCACUGUUCCGAUACAGCUGACUAAUGUCGGUUCCCACGAGGCCAGAUUUCUUAAGGGCAGCGAUAUCGGGACGCUGUACACGAUUCUGCCGGGUGGCGACAACGAAUUCGAUCUGAGCGAGGAUGAUGAUCUUCACGCCGGCGCUGUCACCGGUGGCGGGUCGCCGCGGGGCAGCGACAGCGACCAAGGCGAUGAUGAUGAUGUUCCGGCACCAGUCACAGCAGUCGACGUGGACGGCUCCGACAUGUCUGAGGAUGGCAAGUCCCGGCUAAGAAGCCUGGUGUCGGAGUACCGGGACAUAUUCAGUCAGCACUCAGGAGACAUUGGACGCACCCACUUGGUGCAGCAUCGGAUUGACACAGGCGAUGCCACCCCGAUCCGGCAGCCGGCCCGCAGGAUACCGACGUCAAUACGAGACCAAGUGGAGCUGCAGAAGGAGCAGAUGCUGAGGGACGGGGUGAUAGAGGAGAGCACCAGUCCAUGGUGUUCCCCCGUCGUCCUGAACUGA